AUGUCUGGCGAUUCGACGUCAAGCAUCUCUUUCGUCUUCCCCGUUCUCGAGAGCAAUACGCAGUGCUUCAUCGUCGUCGGGCGCAGUCUUCCUCAUACUCUUCCCGAUCCAAAUCCUUUUCGUGCGAACUCUCGUUCAGCUUCAUCAGCACAUCAUUUGGAACCAGUUACCAGGAAAAGAAAAGCGGCUCGAAUCAGCGAAAUGGUGGACGUGGAGAACGCGCCGCCGUACGAUGUGCUGAUGAAGCUGAACGAGAGUUCGCACGAAAAGGAUUUGGAUCGGGAGGAGUAUGACGAAGACUGCGCCGACGACGAUGAAGCACUGCGUAUUGCUCUCGAGAACGGAGAAGACGAAGAGAUGCUUGACGUCGAAUCGCCAGACAUCGAUGAAUUGGAUGGCAGCGAAACUUCGUCUUCAGUACUGGGAGAAUCGCCUCAAGGAGCACGCACGUCACCCGAAAACGUCGCACCCAUCAUGCUUGUAGGAGACACCCCGCAGACAUCAACUGCUGAGGUUGUCGUUCUUGGAACUGUGCUGGGUGCACCAAAUUCUGGUAAUCACAUCGAGAAGAGACACAUCUGCGAUAUCUGUGGGAAGGGUUUUCCGUACCACUCUAUUUUGGAAUCACACAAACGAUGGUCACACUGGGGAGAAACCGUUCAAUUGCCAUUUCUGCGACAAAAAAUUUGCUCAGAAGGCAACCCUGCAAGUGCACGAACGUACUCAUACUGGAGAACGACCGUGACUAUAAAUGUCGCUACUGCGAAAAGACGUUCGCCCAGUAUGGCCACGAAAACGGUACACGAAAAGAGCGCCCAUCUCGGAAUUCGGAACUACAAAUGCCCUAAGUGCGAUAAGUGUCUUUCGUCACCAAGUGCCCUAUACACGCACAAGAAAACCCACGGGGAAAAGACGUUCCAGUGCGAGUUUUGCCCAAAGACAUUCACCUUGAAAAACUACUUGAAACUUCACGUGAAGCAGGUGCACGAGCAGAAUGAGAGGAAGCAUGUGUGCCGAUUUUGCGGCAAAAGCUUUGCUUACGCUGGCAGUUUGCAGGUACACGUUAGGACUCAUACUGGUGAGCGACCGUACCGCUGCAGUUACUGUCCCAAGGCGUUCGCCAGUCAAGGUAACCUUCAAUCGCACGAGAGGACACACACUGGCGAGAGGCCGUACUCGUGUGGCACUUGUGGAAGGAGCUUCAUUCAGGUGGGCGUGUACAUCAACUCAUCUUGA